UCACCUCCAGAAAUGAUCGUGCCGUUCUCCUCCACAGAAUUCUUGCCUGACCUUAUGUUGCCCAUAGACACUUUGGGGAAUGAUGCAGGCCAAGAAUGCGUCAAGAUCCAGUUCCCAGGCGCUCCGGGUGUUGUGAGGAGAGGCCUGUUUGGAUGAUGCUCUUCUCCGAGAGACUGAAGAAACACUAACGAUGGAUGAGUGCAAACACAUCGAGCAUUUGCAGCUGGCCCGCGAUCACUCCAUCUUCAACCCUCAGAAGUGGUACUGCACGGACUGCAAUACCACUGAGUCGAUCUGGGCCUGCCUCAGCUGCUCCCACAUCGCCUGUGGGAGGUACAUCGCCGAGCACGCACUGAAGCACUUUGAAGAGAGCAGCCAUCCCGUCGCGUUCGAGGUGAAUGACAUGUAUGUUUUUUGUUACCUUUGUAAUGAUUAUGUUCUAAAUGACACUGCAGCUGGAGACCUGAAGUCACUACGAAGUCGAUUAAGUGCAAUCAAAAGUAAAAAUUACUCCCGUGUAGCUCAGAGGAGCAGAGUUGUACAGUCUGUGGGUGCCCGCGACGAUUCUUCCUUGUCGCACGACGGUGCCCAGCCCCUGCCCCGCAAGGAAAGUCAGACGCGCACUGCCCUCUGGCACAGGCGAAGGACGCUCAUGGGGAAAACCUUUCAGACCUGGUUUGCACGCUCAGCCGUCGGAAGAAAAAGGCCAGAACCCAUUCCGGAGAAGACGCCAGCCAAGCGAGAGGUGAAGAAGCGGCAGCAGCAGCAGGAGUGGGAACCGCAGGCCAAGGCCGAGCUGGAGAGCACACCUCCCCGGAAGAGUCUGCGCCUGCAGGGCCUCACCGAGGCCGCCACCAUAGAAAUGGUCCCGGUGCAGGCGCCGCCGCCACCCCCGCAGGCCGCCCCAGCCAGAGACAAGGCGCUGUCACCUACCGCGGAAGACCGGAGACUCAAAAAAGUCAGCGACGCCCUGAUCAAACGGAGGCCAGCCGUGACCCCCGGCGUGACGGGCCUGAGGAACCUAGGCAACACUUGCUACAUGAACUCCGUUCUGCAAGUGCUGAGCCAUUUACUCAUUUUCCGACAAUGCUUUUUAAAGCUUGACCUGAACCAGUGGCUGGCUGUGGCUGCCAGCGAGAAGUCCCGGUCCUGUAAGCACUCGGCCGGCGUCCCAGAGGCCGUAGCUCAUCAGAUGAAUGAAGGCCAAGAGAAAGAGAAAGCCUUCGUGUGCUCCAGACAUCCAAGUUUAUCCUCAGGCCUAAGCGGCGGGUCCUCGAAAAGUCGAAACAUGGAGCUUAUCCAGCCCAGGGAGCCGAGUUCGCCGUACAGUUCUCUUUGCCAUGAAUUACAUACUUUGUUCCAAGUCAUGUGGUCGGGAGAGUGGGCCUUGGUAUCCCCGUUUGCUAUGCUUCACUCAGUGUGGAAACUGAUCCCUGCCUUCCGGGGCUAUGCCCAGCAGGAUGCUCAGGAGUUUCUCUGUGAGCUUCUGGAUAAAAUACAGCGUGAACUGGAGACUACCGGAACCAGGUUCCCGGCUCUCAUCCCCACUUCCCAAAGGAAGCUGAUUGAGCAAGUUCUGAAUGUUGUAAACAACAUUUUCCACGGACAACUUCUUAGUCAGGUGACGUGUCUUGCAUGCGACAACAAAUCAAACACUGUAGAACCGUUCUGGGACUUGUCCCUGGAGUUUCCAGAGAGAUACCAAUGCAAUGGGAAAGAUGCUGCCUCCCAGCCAUGUCUAGUUACGGAUAUGCUGGGCAAAUUUACAGAAACGGAAGUGUUAGAAGGGAAAAUCUACAUGUGUGAGCAUUGUAACUCAAAGCGCAGAAAGUUUUCGUCGAAACCAGUUGUACUCACAGAAGCCCAGAAACAGCUGAUGAUCUGCCACCUACCUCAGGUCCUCAGACUACACCUCAAACGAUUCAGAUGGUCAGGACGUAAUAACCGAGAGAAGAUUGGUGUUCAUGUUGUCUUUGAGGAAACCUUAAACAUGGAGCCCUUUUGCUGCAGGGAGACCCUGAAAGCGCUCAGACCAGAAUGCUUUAUCUAUAAUUUAUCUGCUGUAGUAAUCCACCAUGGGAAAGGAUUUGGCUCAGGACACUACACUGCCUACUGCUACAAUUCUGAAGGAGGGUUCUGGGUACACUGCAAUGAUUCCAAGCUAAGCAUGUGCACUAUGGAUGAAGUACGAAAGGCCCAAGCUUAUAUCUUAUUUUAUACUCAGCGAGUUAUUGAGAAUGGACAUUCUAAACUCCUGCCUCCCGAGCUCUUGUCCAAUCGCCAGCAUCCCAGUGAAGAAAACGAUGCCUCUUCUAAUGAAGUCCUUAGCUGAUCCACAGUGGGCUCUUGUUAUUUGUGUAUAUAUACUUUUUAAACGGGCUGACUUAUGA